AUGCACUACGAAGGAGAUACAGAUGUAGAAGAGAUUUAUGAGGAGGAAGAAGAAGAGAGUGAUGGUGAUGAGUUGAGGGCCAGUGGGAAGACUUUUGUGCCAUCUAGUGAUGAGGACAACAACCCAGGUGAUGUAGGAGACAGUGAUGAUGAUGGAUUUACCAAGAAACACAAGAUUCCAUGUGGAAGGAAGAGAAAGCUUAAGAAGUUGAAGAAGAGGUUUGGUGUUGAAGUGCCUAGGAGCAAAGCCUAUAGGGCAAGGAAGAAGGCUUUUGAUGUUGUGAUGGGAGAUCAGAAGGCACAGUAUACUAGGCUCAAGGACUACUUACAGGGAUUCUUGAAUGGUUGCAGGCCUUUCAUACGUGUUGAUGGUUGCUUCAUCAAGUUGACUACUGGACAACAGAUUUUAGCCGCAACUGGUAGAGAUGGAAACAACAACAUAUUCCCGAUUGCAUUUGGUGUUGUCGACAAAGAAGAUACUACUAGCUGGCUAUGGUUCUUAACCCAGCUUAGGUACUGCAUUGGAGAGUCAGGCCAAUUUGGAUUUAGAGGGCCAGAGCUGAAAAAAUAUAUGGAUGCAGCAAGUUACUCAUAUACCAAAAAUGGCUUUGAUCUUGCAAUGGCUGCAAUGAAAGAUGACUGUGAAGAGGCAUACAAUUGGCUGGCGCAAAUCCCUCCUAAAACUUGGGCAAGACAUUUAUUUGACACUAACUGCAAGAAUGACCUUGUGGUCAACAACAUCAGUGAAGUCUUUAACAAAAUGAUUUUAAAUGUGAGGAGCAAGCCAAUUAGAACAAUGCUUGAAGGAAUCAGAAACAAACUAAUGGUGAAGUACAAUCGAACAAGGGACAAAGCAGCAAAAGCUAGAUGGGAGAUCACUCCUUUCUAUUCUGAGAAGCUAGCUGAGGCAAAGAGGUGGUCCAGAGAUUGUACUGCUAAGGUGACAGAGGAUGGUCUUUGGCAGGUGACAAGUGUUAGUGGAAGAAUUGUGGCCGUGGAUCUUAAGAAACACUCUUGUUCUUGCAGAAAGUGGGAUCUCACUGGUAUCCCCUGCAACCAUGCAGUGGCUGCAAUCAUGAAGUUGUCACAACAUGCCGAAGAUUAUGUGCACGACUUCUUCAAAAAGCCAAUGUACGAGAAGGCUUUCUCGUAUACAGUUUACCCUGUUCCUGGACCUGAGGACUGGAAUACAACAGACACGCAAGAUAUCGACCCACCUGUGUUUAGGGAUAGGCCGGGGAGGAAACAAACUGUGAGAAGGAAAAGCAAGUUUGAGCCUCCAGCACCUAGAGACACAUCAAGGAUGACAUCAAUCACUUGCAGCAACUGUAAUCGUGUAGGCCACAGGUGGUUGCUCCUCCACUUCUGCCACUACAAGUACAGCAAGGCAACCAGAAGUAGCACCAGUAGCACCAAGGCAAGCAGCAAGACCACCACCAGGUCCAAGUCAAGCAGCUGGAGUAGCACCAGGUCCAAGGCAAGCAGCUGUACCACCUCCAGCAACAAGGCAAUCAGCUGGAGCAGCACUAGAUCCAAGGCAAGCAGCUGCAUCUCCAGCAACAAGGCUACCAGCAUUCAGUGCACCAAGGGCUUCUAG